UAUCUUGCACAAAACACACACACAUACACAGGGUCGAUCAUCUCCCUGCUGCCUCUAGCUAGGUCGCAGCUUCUACUACUAUGGAGCCAUCCAACAAGCUCGUCGCUGUCUUGCUCGUGUCCUUGGCCAUGGCUGCCGCCACCGUCGUGCAGCCUUCCUACGCUCAGAACUCGCCCCAAAACUACCUGACUCCCCACAACAACGCCCGUGCCGCCGUCGGCGUUGGCCCGGUGACCUGGAGCACGAAGCUGCAGCAGUUCGCGGAGAGCUACGCCGCGAAGCGGGCCGGCGACUGCCGCCUGCAGCACUCCGGCGGGCCGUAUGGGGAGAACAUCUUCUGGGGCUCCGCCGGCGCCGACUGGAAGGCGGCGGACGCGGUGCGGUCGUGGGUGGACGAGAAGCAGUGGUACAGCUACGCCACCAACAGCUGCGCCGCCGGCAAGGUGUGCGGCCACUACACGCAGGUGGUGUGGCGCGCCAGCACUAGCAUCGGCUGCGCGCGCGUCGUCUGCCGCGACAACCGCGGCGUCUUCAUCAUCUGCAACUACGAGCCCCGCGGCAACAUCGUGGGACACAAGCCCUACUGAUCGAUUAUAUAUUGUGAUCGACGGCUUACACAGACACGUACGUCCGUGUGCAUGCAUGCACCGCGCAUGACUUUCCGCAUAUGAAUAAGAUUUUAUUAGUAAAUAAAAAGGCCAUCUCUGAGUGGAAUAUCUAUAUGUACGUAGUAGUCAUCAAUUAAUAAAGAGGUCCGUUAUUUACAA